GGAUCUUAAUGGAAAUAAUAUCACAAGGAUCACCAAGACUGAUUUUGCUGGCCUACGGCACCUUCGAGUUCUUCAGCUCAUGGAAAACAAGAUUAGUACCAUUGAGAGGGGAGCAUUCCAAGACCUGAAAGAGCUAGAGAGACUGCGGCUAAACAGAAAUAAUCUUCAACUGCUUUCUGAAUUGUUGUUCCUUGGGACCCCAAAGCUCUACAGGCUAGACCUCAGUGAAAACCAGAUUCAUGCCAUUCCAAGGAAGGCUUUCCGGGGCGCUGUAGACAUUAAAAACCUGCAACUGGAUUACAACCAGAUCAGCUGUAUUGAAGAUGGGGCAUUUAGGGCUCUCCGCGAUCUGGAAGUACUCACUCUCAACAAUAACAACAUCACACGACUCUCCGUGGCAAGUUUCAACCACAUGCCCAAACUCAGAACCUUCCGACUUCACUCCAACAACCUCUACUGUGAUUGCCAUCUGGCUUGGCUAUCGGACUGGCUGCGACAGCGACCACGGGUUGGACUCUACACGCAGUGCAUGGGCCCAUCACACUUAAGGGGUCACAAUGUGGCUGAAGUUCAAAAACGAGAAUUCGUCUGCAGUGGUCAUCAGUCUUUUAUGGCUCCCUCCUGUAGCGUUUUACACUGCCCUGCCGCAUGUACCUGUAGCAACAACAUUGUCGACUGCCGUGGGAAAGGCCUGACUGAGAUCCCGACCAAUCUACCAGAAACCAUAACGGAAAUACGGUUGGAGCAAAAUUCAAUCAAGGUCAUCCCCCCUGGAGCUUUCUCACCAUAUAAAAAGCUGAGAAGAAUUGAUCUGAGCAAUAAUCAGAUCUCAGAGGCUGCACCAGAUGCUUUCCAGGGCCUGCGCUCACUCAAUUCACUUGUUCUUUAUGGGAACAAAAUCACAGAACUUCCCAAAGGCCUGUUCGAAGGACUCUUCUCGCUGCAGUUGUUAUUGUUAAACGCUAACAAGAUAAAUUGCCUGCGAGUUGAUGCUUUUCAAGACCUCCACAACUUGAACCUCCUGUCUCUGUACGAUAAUAAGCUGCAGACCAUUGCAAAGGGCACCUUUUCCCCACUUCGAGCAAUUCAGACCCUGCAUUUGGCUCAGAACCCAUUUAUUUGUGACUGCCAUCUGAAGUGGCUGGCGGAUUAUCUCCACACAAACCCCAUUGAAACCAGCGGUGCUCGCUGCACCAGCCCCCGCCGUCUUGCAAACAAAAGGAUUGGCCAGAUCAAAAGCAAGAAAUUUCGCUGUUCAGCUAAAGAACAGUAUUUCAUUCCAGGCACAGAAGACUAUAGAUCCAAACUUAGUGGAGAUUGUUUCGCAGACCUGGCUUGCCCUGAAAAAUGUCGCUGUGAAGGGACAACCGUUGACUGCUCCAAUCAAAAGUUUACCAAACUUCCUGAUCAUAUUCCUCAGUAUACAGCCGAACUGCGACUCAACAACAAUGAAUUCACAGUGUUGGAGGCUACGGGGAUCUUUAAGAAGCUUCCUCAGUUGCGUAAAAUAAAUCUGAGCAAUAACAAAAUCACAGAUAUUGAAGAAGGAGCAUUUGAAGGUGCGUCUGGUGUAAACGAGCUGCUGCUCACCAGCAACCGGCUAGAGAACGUCCGGCACAAAAUGUUGAAAGGACUAGAAAGUCUGAAAACAUUGAUGCUAAGGAGCAAUCGCAUUAGCUGUGUGAGCAACGAUAGCUUCACUGGCCUGAGUUCUGUCCGACUGCUGUCUUUAUACGACAACCAAAUCACUACCAUUGCGCCAGGUGCCUUUGACACCCUCCAUUCCCUCUCGACGCUAAACCUCUUAGCCAAUCCUUUCAACUGCAACUGCCACUUAGCAUGGCUUGGAGAGUGGUUACGGAAGAAGCGCAUCGUAACGGGGAACCCUCGCUGUCAGAAGCCAUACUUCCUAAAAGAAAUCCCAAUACAGGAUGUUGCCAUUCAAGAUUUCACUUGUGAUGAUGGAAAUGACGACAACAGUUGCUCUCCACUUUCUCGCUGUCCUGUAGAAUGCACUUGCCUAGAUACCGUAGUCCGUUGCAGCAACAAAGGUCUAAAGAGUUUGCCCAAAGGCAUCCCAAAAGACGUUACUGAGCUAUAUUUGGACGGAAACCAAUUUACUCUUGUCCCCAAAGAACUUUCAAACUACAAGCACUUAACUCUUAUUGAUUUAAGUAACAACCGAAUCAGCACUCUUUCUAACCAGAGCUUCAGCAACAUGACUCAGCUGCUUACUUUAAUUCUCAGUUACAAUCGUCUCCGAUGUAUUCCAGCCCGAACGUUCGAUGGCUUGAAAUCACUUAGAUUGCUGUCUUUGCAUGGCAACGAUAUUUCUGUUGUACCGGAAGGUGCUUUUAAUGAUCUUUCAGCAUUAUCCCAUCUCGCCAUUGGAGCGAACCCACUGCACUGUGACUGCAACAUGCAGUGGUUAUCUGACUGGGUAAAAUCAGAGUACAAAGAACCAGGUAUAGCCCGAUGCGCUGGUCCUGGGGAAAUGGCGGACAAGUUGCUUCUUACCACUCCAUCAAAAAAAUUUACUUGUCAAGGUCCAGUGGAUGUCACCAUCCUUGCCAAAUGUAGUCCCUGCUUAUCAAAUCCAUGCAAAAAUGAUGGGACCUGUAAUAACGACCCCGUGGACUUCUAUAGAUGCACCUGCCCCUACGGUUUCAAGGGCCAGGACUGCGACGUUCCGAUUCAUGCCUGUAUUAGCAGCCCUUGUAAACACGGGGGCACCUGUCACUUAAAAGAAGGUGAAAAAGAUGGAUUUUGGUGUGCCUGUGCAGACGGGUUUGAAGGUGAACACUGCGAAGUGAAUAUUGAUGACUGUGAAGACAAUGAUUGCGAAAAUAAUUCAACCUGCGUAGAUGGAAUUAACAACUACACUUGCCUUUGCCCACCUGAAUAUACAGGUGAGCUCUGUGAAGAGAAGCUGGAUUUCUGUGCCCAAGAUCUGAACCCCUGUCAGCAUGACUCAAAGUGCAUCCUGACACCCAAAGGAUACAAAUGUGAUUGCACACCCGGCUACGUAGGAGAACACUGUGAUAUUGACUUCGAUGAUUGCCAAGACAAUAAGUGUAAAAAUGGAGCGCACUGUACUGAUGCGGUGAAUGGUUAUACGUGCAUAUGCCCUGAAGGGUAUAGCGGUCUUUUCUGUGAGUUUUCGCCACCGAUGGUUUUGCCUCGCACCAGUCCUUGUGAUAACUAUGAGUGUCAAAAUGGAGCUCAGUGCAUCACCAAAACCAAUGAGCCUGUCUGUCAGUGCUUGUCAGGUUACCUGGGCGAUAAAUGCGAAAAGCUGGUCAGCAUAAACUUUGUGAACAAAGAAUCCUAUUUGCAGAUUCCUUCAGCCAAGAUUCGUUCUCAGACAAAUAUCACUCUCCAGAUUGCUACAAAUGAGGACAGUGGGAUCCUGUUGUAUAAAGGUGACCAAGAUCACAUAGCCGUGGAACUGUAUCGGGGGCGAGUGAGGGUCAGCUAUGAUACGGGGUCGUAUCCAACGUCUGCCAUCUAUAGUGUGGAGACAAUCAAUGAUGGUCACUUCCACAUAGUUGAGUUACUGGCUAUGGAUCAGAUUCUGUCUUUGUCUGUUGAUGGAGGAAGUCCCAAAGUCAUCACCAACUUGUCUUAUCAAUCUACUCUGAAUUUCGACUCACCUCUGUAUGUAGGAGGGAUGCCUAUGAAGAACAACGUUGCUGCUUUGCAACAGUCCCCGGGUCAAAAUGGCACCAGCUUCCAAGGCUGCAUCCGUAAUUUGUAUAUCAAUAGUGAACUGCAAGACUUUAGGAAUGUCCCGCUGCCAAUUGGAAUUCUCCCAGGCUGUGAGCCCUGUCACAAGAAGGUGUGCAUCCAUGGAACAUGCCACGUGACAAGCCAAUCAGGCUUUAUGUGUGAGUGUGACGGAGGAUGGACUGGCCAACUUUGUGAUCAGCAAACCAAUGAUCCUUGUCUAGGAAAUAAAUGUGUGCAUGGUACCUGCUUGCCAAUCAAUGCGUUUUCAUACAGUUGUAAAUGCCUGCAGGGAUAUGGGGGAGUCCUCUGUGAUGAAGAUGAAGAACUGUUUAACCCCUGCCAGUCCAUCCGAUGUAAACAUGGUAAAUGUAGGCUUUCAGGCCUUGGGAAACCGUAUUGCGAAUGCAGCAGCGGAUACACCGGGGACAGCUGCGAUAAAGAAAUCUCUUGUCGAGGGGAACGAAUCCGAGAUCACUUCCAAAAGCAGCAAGGCUACGCCGCGUGCCAGACGACCAAGAAGGUAUCGAGACUAGAAUGCCGAGGAGGGUGUUCAGUUGGGCAGUGCUGUGGGCCACUGAGGAGCAAGAGGAGGAAAUACUCUUUUGAAUGCACGGACGGGUCGUCGUUUGUGGAUGAGGUCGAGAAAGUGGUGAAGUGUGGCUGUACAACGUGCCCCUCCUAAUCGCUCUCUAUUUUGCCCACGUCUAUUUUUUUUAAAUGGUGUAUACUUAUUGACCAUGUCGGACUAAUUAACGCUUCAUAGUGGAAAGAUUUGAAAUAUAUUGUAAAAUACAGAACAGACUUAUUUUUAUUAUGAGAAUAAAGACUUCAUUUUUUUCUUCACUUGCAAAAAAAAAAUUGAAAUCAUGUGCUUGAACUGCGAGACUUCUUCUGACCAAGAGGAUCAUUGAA